AGAACAGAUCGUUGCUAUAAGUACGACCGUUGUCUACCGUUCAAUUUAUUCUACUUUGUUUAUUGAGACUAGAAAAAUGAGUGGGCGAGGCAAGACUGGUGGUAAAGCAAGAGCGAAAGCUAAGACCCGCUCUUCCAGAGCCGGUCUCCAGUUUCCGGUAGGUCGCGUUCACCGAUUGCUUCGUAAAGGAAACUAUGCUGAGCGUGUUGGUGCCGGUGCUCCAGUUUAUCUGGCCGCCGUGCUCGAAUACCUCACUGCUGAGAUCCUGGAGUUGGCUGGUAACGCUGCCCGAGACAACAAGAAAACCCGCAUCAUCCCCAGACAUCUGCAGCUGGCAGUGCGUAACGACGAAGAAUUGAACAAACUUCUGGGAGGCGUCACUAUCGCUCAGGGCGGGGUACUGCCCAACAUCCAAGCUGUGCUGCUCCCCAAGAAAACCGAAAAGGCUGUGAAGGCAAAGAUUGGUGUCCUCAAACAGACCAACCAGAUACGCCUCGCUCGCUUCCUGCAGAGCCAUUACAGCAGAACUUUGGAAGCGAAGAUCGGUCUUGAAAUCCUGAGCGAUCUCCCUCACAAGGCGCUGGAAGGCCUUUUCGGUUUUCUUGGGGAGCAGCACAGCUUGGAUGUUGGGCAGUACCCCGCCCUGAGCGAUAGUGACGCCUCCCAGAAGUUUGUUCAAUUCUUCGUCGUUACGCACUGCCAGCUGCAGAUGUCUGGGGAUGAUGCGGGUUUUCUUGUUGUCUCGGGCAGCGUUACCAGCCAACUCCAGGAUCUCAGCAGUGAGGUAUUCGAGCACGGCGGCCAGAUAAACUGGAGCACCGGCACCAACACGCUCAGCAUAGUUUCCUUUACGAAGCAAUCGAUUGGCAGAAUGAGUGGCCGAGGAAAAACUGGGGGUAAAACCAGAGCGAAAGCUAAGACCCGCUCUUCCAGAGCCGGUCUCCAGUUUCCGGUAGGUCGCGUUCACCGAUUGCUUCGUAAAGGAAACUAUGCUGAGCGUGUUGGUGCCGGUGCUCCAGUUUAUCUGGCCGCCGUGCUCGAAUACCUCACUGCUGAGAUCCUGGAGUUGGCUGGUAACGCUGCCCGAGACAACAAGAAAACCCGCAUCAUUCCCAGACAUCUGCAGCUGGCAGUGCGUAACGACGAAGAGUUGAACAAACUGCUUGGAGGCGUCACUAUCGCUCAGGGCGGAGUACUGCCGAACAUCCAAGCUGUGCUGCUCCCCAAGAAAACCGAAAAGGCUGUGAAGGCAAAGUAAUUUGCUUAGCUCCCACUAACCAUUCACUCAAAGGCUCUUUUAAGAGCCGCCCAUAUCUGUAUAAAGAGCGCAAAGCUGCCAUUUGAAUUGACUGAAAUAA